AUGACUCGCGGUAACCAGCGUGACAACGAUCGGGCCAAAGCCCAGAAGAAGGCCGCCGCCUCGAAAGGCAAGAACAGUAUGAGUGGAUCGCAGUUCGCCAAGGCGAAGGAGGAUGCUGCGGCUAUUAUGCGCGAGAAGCAGAGGAAGGGUGAGUCCGGCCUACCCAGCUAA